AUGUAUUAUUUAGCUACUAAUAAGCUUAUCUAUCUAUCUAUCUAUCUAUCUAUCUAUCUAUCUAUCUAUCUAUCCCCCUCUCUCUUCUGGCGGUUAUUUAGCAGGAGUGAAUCUGCAUCAAGUGCACCUCCGAAAUAUUCACACGCUUAUCUAUCUAUCUAUCUAUCUAUCUAUCUAUCUAUCUAUCUAUCUAUCUAUAUCUAUGUCUUUUGUCUACCUUAUAUAUCUUUCUCUGUUUUUUCCUCUCUAUCUAUCUAUCUAUCUAUCUAUCUAUCUAUCUAUCUACGUCUUUUCUUAUCUACCUAUAUGUAUAUUUUUCUCCGUCUAUUCGUAUGCACUUGUUUAUCUAUCUAUCUAUCUAUCUAUCUAUCUAUCUAUCUAUCUAUCUAUCUAUCUAUCUAUCUAUCUAUCUAUCUACGUCUUUUCUUGUCUACCUAUAAGUAUUUUUCUCCGUUUUUUCGUAUCUAUCUAUCUACGUCUUUUCUUAUCUACCUAUAUGUAUAUUUUUCUCCGUCUAUUCGUAUGCACUUGUUUAUCUAUCUAUCUAUCUAUCUAUCUAUCUAUCUAUCUAUCUAUUUACAGGAUGCGAUGGAUACAUUGUCGUCCAAAUCACGCAAAAAUGAAAAUAACACUGACACCUCAUUUUAA